CGUCGGGAGCACGUUUCGUCAGUACGUGCGGGCUCUAAGGUUGGGACUGGAGACUAGAAGGUGGGCGCUCUCUGCGCCUGUUGCCUGCUGAGUUUCUCCUGCGGGGCCGUACGGUGCAGACCUCAUGGCGGAGAUAAUCCAGGAACGCAUAGAAGAUCGAAUCCCGGAAUUGGAACAGCUGGAGCGCGUUGGACUAUUCAGUCGUGCGGAGAUUAAGGCUAUCAUUAAGAAGGCUUCUGAUCUAGAAUACAAAAUACAGCGAAGAGCCCUUUUUAAGGAAGACUUUAUCAAUUAUAUUCAAUAUGAAAUUAAUCUUUUGGAAUUGAUCCAGAGAAGAAGAACACGCAUUAAAUAUUCAUUUAAGAAGGAUGAAAUUGAGCAUUCUAUUGUUCACCGGAUACAAGGUGUCUUCCGACGUGCUUCAGCAAAGUGGAAAGAUGAUGUUCAACUUUGGCUGUCCUAUGUUGUGUUUUGUAAGAAAUGGGCUACCAAAGCUCAACUUAGCAAGGUAUUCUCUGCCAUGUUGGCUAUUCAUUCAAAUAAGCCAGCUUUGUGGAUUAUGGCAGCCAAAUGGGAAAUGGAAGAUCGCUUAUCUUCUGAAAGUGCCAGGCAACUGUUUCUUCGGGCUCUGCGCUUUCAUCCAGAGUGUCCAAAACUCUAUCAAGAAUACUUCAGGAUGGAGCUGAUGCAUGCUGAGAAACUGAGGAAGGAAAAACAAGAAUUUGAAAAGGCUGACAUGGAUAUGGGGAGUUUUGAUCAUUCUGAAGAAAUCCUUAAUGGCGAGUUGGCACGGAUCAUCUACAAAAAUUCUAUAAGCAAGAUUAAAGGUGCAGAAUUUCAUGUGUCACUUCUCUCAAUUGCACAGCUGUUUGAUUUUGCCAAAGAUCUACAAAAAGAAAUUUAUGAUGACCUUCAGGCUAUGCACACAGAUGAUCCUCUCACUUGGGAUUAUGUGGCACGCCGAGAAUUAGAGAUCCAGUCACAACCAGGAGAUGAGCAGCCUCUGACAAAACAAGCCAAAGCAGUGGAGGUGGGCCGGAGGGAGGAGAGGUGCUGUGCUGUAUAUGAAGAGGCAGUGAAGACUCUGCCUACAGAGGGCAUGUGGAAAUGUUACAUCAAUUUUUGCUUGGAAAGAUUUUCUAAGAAGACGAGUAGUGAGUUCCUCAGAGGGAAGAGAUUGGAAAGAACCAUGAUUUCAUUCAGGAAGGCACAUGAACUCAAGCUCCUUUCAGAAUCCCAGUACAAGCAGUGGAUUGAGUUGUUGCUGCCCCGUGACUUCUUUACGGAAGCUCUGGAGGUGGCAGAAGCUGGGAUUGAAUUGUUCAAGGAGUCCGUGACAAUGUGGCAGAUGAAGCUGCAGGUGCUGAUUGCCUCAAAGAGCCCUGACAUAGCCAUGUUUGUUGAAGAAGCUUUUGUGCACCUCAAACCCCAGGUUUGUUUGCCCUUAUGGAUUUCAUGGGCAGAGUGGAGUGAAGGUGCCCAAAGCCAUGAAGACACAGAAGCAAUCUUUAAGAAAGCUAUUUUAGCUAUCACAGGUACCAGCUCAGUAACUCUGAAGGAUAACUACUUGGAUUGGGCAUAUCGAAUUGGUGGCAACAAAAAGGCCAGAACUGUGUUUAAAAGUUUACAGGAAAACCGGCCAUUUUCAGUAGAUUUUUUCAGGAAAAUGAUCCAGUUUGAAAAGGAGCAAGCUGGCUUUGGCACAGUGGACCACCUUGAUCAGGAGAGAGAGACUGAUGCAGCCAUGGAUCGACUAGCCAGUGGAGCACAGAGCAUCCCUAAUGACAUUCCUACCCAUGGCGAAGGCACACAUUCUGAAGAGGAAGGCUUUGCUGUGGAGGAGGAGGAGUCUGAUGGGGAACUGAAUACCUGGGAGCUGUCAGAAGGAGCACACUGUCAGCCCAAGGAGCAGGCAGCUGAUCUUUUCAAUGAGGACUGGGACUUGGAGUUGAAAGCAGAUCAAGGAAAUCCUUAUGAUGCUGACGACAUCCAGGGGAGCAUUUCUCAAGAGAUCAAACCUUGGGUAUGCUGUGCCCCACAAGGAGACAUGAUCUAUGACCCCAGUUGGCACCAUCCACCUCCACUGAUACCCCACUAUUCCAAGAUGGUCUUUGAAACGGGACAGUUUGAUGAUGCCGAAGAUUGAAUGUGGAGUUUUCUGCCUUAUGGAUAGGUGGGUCCUCUCAAUCAAGAUCUCUCUUCCUGUCUUUGAGGUGAGAUGUCCUAAUUGAGACAAUGUUCCUAAUGGUUCCUGAGCCUGGGGUACGCAGACUGGUAUGAAAAUAAGGUCCCACUGUUCUCCCCAGCUCUGUUGUUUCUGUUGUUUGUAAGACUCCUCCUUGGGAUGUGUGCGUUUUCGUGUCUGUGUCAGGAGGACUUGUGUUCUUUAUAAAUAAAGGUAGGAAAAAAGUCAA